AUGUCCGAAGCUCAGUCGUCCGCCGCGCCCUCGCAGACCGGCCCAACCGAGUCGCAGGCAGGCGGAGGAGGAGGUGGAGGGGGAUCCCGUCGUGACAAGUUGAUCACCAUCUUCAAGAGCGCGUCCUUUGUGAGUUUGGAGAGGGUUGUGGCUAUAUUUGAAAAAAAAUUUUUUUUUUAUUUUGGAUUUUUUUAACAAAAAAUCUCGGAAAUGUCGCAUAUAAGAUUUCUGGCCUAAAUUUAUAGGGGAAGUACCCCAAAUGCGACGCUCAGAUUUUGAUGAAACUUGGCACAAGUUUAGAAUAAUUUUUUCUAAGAUAUAUGCGAGAAUCCUAGCUCGCGCUUUGCAGAAACAACCGAGAUUUUUAAGUCGAAAGUCGGCGAAAAUUUAGGACUUUUUGCCGAAUUUUGGCACGAAAAGUUUCAUGCCUAUUUCUACCGUAAAGGAUAAUGUUUCUACAAAAAAUCAAAUUUUUCCGCACGAAACUGCCAAAGUUAUGGCCAAAAAGCGUUUUUCUCUCUGACCGCUCUCCAAGUUUAGUAUGCUCUCUCGGCGACAAAAAUGGUUCGAUAUCUCGACGGCGCGGGCAAAUCGCGAGCUAAUACUUUCAGGAAUUGAUAUUUAGUCUAUUCCCGACGUGUGUGCAAAUUUUAAAGAAAAUCUGAGCGUCGCACUUGGGGUACUUCCCCUUGUUAGUCGAGUUUCACAAAAAUUUGACUCUAAUUUUGUAAAAUAAAAAAUGCUGACUAAAAACCUCUAUUUUUCCCUUUUCAGGCCUUUCUCUGGGGCUGCGGUUGGGGCGCAAUCGGCGGUUUCUUGCUGAUUUUCACCUUCUUGGCCAUGCUCACGUUCUACAUUCGUCUCAUCUACUGGGCCAUUCCGGCGGACCUGCCGGGCCGCGAGAUCAAGGUCGAGUUCAUCAUCGACUGCUGUUGUGCCUGCGCAUGCGCGUGCGACAUUCUGAUCGUGUGGGCGGUGUGGGGUUUGCCUACGCUUGUCGGCGGUGUGGUAAGUGUUGGAUUUUUUGCGAAAUUUUUGUUGUUCUAGGCAGUAGGUAUCAGAAAAAAAUUUUGCGUAUAACUUGGGGAAUAGUGGUUAAAAUUUUACAAAAAUUGAAUUUGUAGACUUCCAAGGGAAGUAUUUUUGAGUUUGUCCGUAGUUUGUUUCGUAUAUGUCAUGGUAAAUUUGCAAUUUCAGUUUGGAAUGUUCUACACCACCAUCGCCCUCGGCUGCCUUUCGUAUUUCGAAUUCAAGAAAUGGAAGGGAUGA